AUGGUCGACAAACGCAAGCGCGCCAGCUCAGAUGCAGCCUCUGCGUCCAACCAUGACUCGGACGCCGAGCAGUCCGUCGGCGGCGACCAGCCCGGAGCACAGGAGGCCAACAAGCAGAACAAGGCUUUCAUCCCUUUCGCACAUGGCGCUGAGCUUCAUGAUGCACUCAAGACACCCUCCGCCGACCUCUUGCGACUUUUGCUCACCCGCUUCCGCCAUCAAACCACGCUCUCCUUCGCCGAGAACACACAGCGAUCCGUCAUUCCUGCCAACGACAAGCGAAUCCAGCUUGUCAGGGACUACGCUCAAUUAUGCGAAACCUCAGCAUCAGGAUCAUCAUCGUCAGGUGCGGCGUCCAUCUUCUCCACCUGGGAGCUCGCCGACCGUCAGGACCUUCCCACCUUGCUCCACCUGCCCAUCUUCUGCCUCGCACAGUCGCUCGCGCUUCUCUCGAUCCACUAUCCAACUCAGGCGCUGGGCUCAAACAUCAUCGAACGUCUUCUUUCUGCAAAUGAGCCAUGGCUCGACAUGCUCCACAGCUAUAUCUCCAACCUGGGUGGUGCCAAGUACGCCUCAUCCAAGCAGCGAGAAUCCAGAACCUCAAAGGGUUCUGACGUCGCUGCCCUAGCUUCACUCGUUUUGCUCCGCGAGAUCGUCAACUUUGCCCAGGGACGACAUGCCGUCAAGCUCUUCGACUCGUUCAACUGGUCCAUGAAGGUACUCCCUCACAUCUUCAACAUGCGUCGAAGGGCCAACCGCAAAAGCAAGACUUCAAAGAAGGCACAGGUGGCUCAAGACGUUUCCUUGCGCAGGCCCGACAUUCGCACCCUCUACAUCCUCUUCCUUCUCUCGUUCUUGCAGCAGAGCUACUCGCACACGCUCAAACUUCGUCUCCUCGACCUCGGACGCGACUUUCUGCCGGCCAUCCUCAAAGGCCUUCCACAGGAUCCACCCGACGUGGUGCAGAUCAUCUUGCUGCAUCUUCACGAGGAUCUCAUCAAAGACCAGAAGAUUCCACGUAGCAAGAAGGUCGAAUUCUGGAACGAAUGGGCUUGCGGCUGCGUUGUGCAGCUCUACUCGCGCGAAGAGGAACAUGUCCUCAUUCAUGCUGAUACAGACACCCUUGAGAAUCCCUCGGUAGCCGAUCUCGCACACCACUUCCUGCUCAGCAUCUGCACCAAUCCAGGCUUUGGUAUCUGCUACCCAGAUCGAGGCUGGUAUCCGCGCAAAGCACCCAGCAAGGCCGACGUCGUCGAUGAGGCCCGUCCGGACCAGAGCAACACGUUGGCGAAUGGCAUCGACCACGACGAAUCCGCUGUGGAGACGAAAGCAUCACAGAAGAGCAAGCAAGCCGCUGGUGGUGGGGCCAUCUACAACAAAGUUCUAUCGGGCGUGCUUCGUCAGCUCUCCGUUGCUGAGGAUCUUCGCCAGCAAGAAUUGGCACUCGGCAUCCUCACCGCCUGCCCCGAGCUUGUAGGUGGCUAUCUUGAAAGCUCCUGUGCUGGGCUCUCCGUCGAGCCGAGACCCAGCUCCCGCUGGUUGUGCAACAUGGCGUUCUUCGGCCGUGUCGUUGGUCUCGAGCUUCCCUCCUUCCGCAACGCCAAGGUCGAGCAUCUCGAAUCGAGCGAUGACCCUGGAGCUGGUACUCUGGCUCCACAGUCCCAUCGGCUUCUUGCGUCCGAGCCACCUCCCAUGUCCAGCAUUCUCGCCAACAUUCUUCCGGGACCGUUCCACCGGUCACUCUUCAGUCAAGGCCUCAACAGUUCCGAUCGACUCGUCCGAUACUCGACCUGUACCGUGUUGUGCCGAUGCUUGGACCGCAUGGUGCACUUCCGCAACGUCUGUUCAUCCGCGAUCACGGAGCUGGACGAAGACGAGGACGGAUCCUGGCGCAAACGACUGGAUGCACUCGAGCUCGAAGCGCGAAAGCGCAUUCCCGACAUCUCUGUUAUCAUUCAAAUCCUUCAGGUAGCUACCUCUCGAUCGAGCAUUAACGACCACGCCGAUGCCAAUGACGCUCAGGACCAAUCAGAAGAGGACACUGCGAGUGCCAUAACCGAGAAGGACAACAUGAUCUUGACCGAGAUCGCACUCCGCCUUUUGUCGCUCUACUAUCAAGCCGUUCCCAGCUCUGCUUUCGACGUUCGCUUCAAUGCUGGCAAACUCCUGACCAAUGCCUUCAUCUAUGCAUCAUCAGCAGACGCUGCCUCGCAGAUGGAAGGCAGGGACACCGAGAUGGCGAAUGGAACCCAAGAUGCCAACGACGGAGCGACUGACAGCGCAUCGAAUCAAGGCAGUGAUGACGAUGGGGACGAAGAGGACAGCGGCGAGGUCAACCUAGAGGCCCUUUGUCAGGUUCACACUCUCCGCAUUCUCUCGCAUUCGACACAAGCAGCCUCCUUCGAUUGGACGGCGAAACCAACAGGUUCGAGCAGCAACCUGAGCUACCUCGGGUUGCUCCUCACCCUCUACGUUUCCACGCCUCUGCCACAGGUCAAGCAAGCCUGCGAGGAUCUGAUUCGGUCCCUGCUCUCAUCCUCGUCUUUCUUCGAACAUCACCCGUCCGAGAUCGAGGCCUGGCUUGCAAGCUUGCCGCAGUUUGACACUCGAACGGCUCAAAGCGAAGAGCAAGGCGAACACGAUUCUGUCUCUGUUGCCACUCACCAUCCUUCUGUGGAGCAAUCCCGGGUCAUCUCGUUCCUGGACGAGUGCAUGCUUCGAUGUGCAAAGACUCCGUAUCGUUAUAUUGAGGCUGCUCGUCAGCUCGUUCGCGACCACGGCAGCAAGGAGAACGCAUCGGUCAGCGGAAAGGACUCGAACAGUCCAUCUGACUCCACGGAUCUCCUUGCGUCGCCAUGGCUCAUGGCCAUCUUCGAGCAAUUCACCAUCCGUGUCGAGAAGGGCUUGUUUGGCGGAGAGGACGACACAGUAGGAGCACUGUCUGCUUUCUUCGUCCGCUUGCUUCCCGUCCUGUGCGGCUAUACCCGGCAAACUUCCGCUGUCGAAGCCAUGUCGGUCAAGAUCCACGAUGCGAUCAAAGGGAGCCCCCACUACUCUUCAUCCGUCUUCCUGGCGUCGACCCUGAUCAGCAAGAUUCACAGCAUCCGCACAGCCCCCGAGCUCAGCACUCUAUCGACCAAGAAGUCGAAGCGAGCCAGCUCAGCUUCUUCCGCCCUGUUCCUUGGCUCUGCCACGCCGCAAGAUCUCAAGAUCCGCCUGCGAGACGCCGACAGGCCACUGACACAGGUCCAGGUCUCCGAACUCUACCAAGCAACGCAGAAGCUGCACGCAAUUGGCUUUUCUGCCGUCUCGCAAAUCCUUGAGGAGCUCGAUCCGGCGACCGAGAACCUCGCGGCAGCUGCCUUCUCAGGAUCAACGGAGAUCGCCUACGGCACCGUCCCAAUCCUUCACCUACCUCUGAACGUCACUUUUACUGCUCCGCCUAUGGACGACUUCAUGGCGACUGACAGCAAUCACGAAGCUCAGCAGGCAGCCACGCUGGUCGCUUGGAGAACCGAGGAUCUAACCCGUCUCGCAAUCCGCACAGCUGUUGACCGGUCGCGCAAAAGCCAAGACAGCGAGACAUUGUUGCAUCACGUCGCUUCCCUACUCUCCAUCGCGGAUGCUUCGGGACAGCUCUCGGAGGGAAGCAUCAAGCACUUCCUGUUUGCUGAUGUCGUCUCGAGCAUUGAUGCCCUUUCUGGAUCAUCGGCUACAUCUGGAGUCUUACUCCGAAUCAGCGAGCUCGCCGUGCGACAUUUGGUCCCAAGUCGCAAAGAGGACGUCGAGAUAGUCACCUCCUUGAUCCAUCGAGUCGAGCAGGACCAGGCUUUCGAUGGCACCUUCUUCCGGUCCAUGACAAACUUGAUGCCUUUCUUGCCCGAAGAUCACGCCCUUGACCUUAUCGAAACAUUCGCUCGCGCGCUCGAAACCCGGGAACCAGAAGCUGGUGUCUCUUUGCUGGCUGCAGAGGCGCUCGCCGUCCUGGUAGCGUCGUUGCAAUCGAGAUCUGCCAUCUGGAAGGCAUUGGCUCUGCGACUGCCAGAGCUUGUAUCAGCAGCGCUGCGUUCGAGAGAUAACGAGAGGAGUGGCAGCGACGCAUCAUUCGGACAGCGUCAGCACUUGCUCUUUGGGUCCAUCCAAUCGAUCCUCGAGCAUGUUCAGCGGGAUGCCAAAGCUUCUUUACCCGGGAACGUAGCUGGGCUGAAUUUCAGUGAUCUUUCUGAAGCCGAGAUUUGCUCUUCCGCCAUGGAUGGUGCGCUGGUAGCGGCUAUUCACGCGCACCCAAAGCUGGCGUCGUCCGUCUCUGGAGCUCUCAUGUCGAUCCUGUCCUCUACAGGGGUUAUGGCCCAGCAGGACGUUGUUCGCACGCUGCCUUGCACUCUGCUGACUUUGCUGUCAGCGCUGCUCGAGCAAGAGGAAGCGGAGCUCUCUGGACAAGAAUGGACGCAAGCUCAGCUGCAGCCUGUCGUCGAUCUGGCCAGCACCAUCGCUCUGGAGGCCACUAACUCGGCAGACGCACUGCAAAAGCUGACGUCUCUCCUCAUCGUCAGCCUGCGAUGUGCGCGCAAAUUUGGCUGGACAGCGAUUCAAACUGCUACGAGCAGCAAGCUCUUGGAGUUCACAAGCACCGCAGCAGCUUCCUUACCAUCUAGGGCCUUCCAUCGCCAUCUGCUGCAGGUCUUGCUGGGAUUGAUCGAGCACAUCCCCGACCUCCCUCGCCUGACAGAGAUCUUGCAGGCGACCGUCGACGCAUCCCUACUCUGGCUCGUGCGUCGCUUUGCCGAGGACAGCAAUGAUACGGUCGACCUCGUGCAGACCAUCACCCUUUUCACCUCGCUGGUGCAGCGCAUUGGAGGCGACGAAGGUUUCGCAGUGCAGCUCAAGAAGUCGCUCGUGGACCCAGUCAUCCAGGCCGCGAUCAAGAACCGACUGCGCGGCCUCGACCAGAUGCAGCUCGUGCUUGCCCUCUGUUCGUACUCCGACCUAGGGCAGACCGAUCUUUCGCGCUACCUCGGCGCUCUGUCGGCUCAUUCCGACUUCAACUCAGUCCUUCGCGGCACAGCCACCAUUCAGCGUCCGACGCGAGGCGACACUGUGGACGACGAGGAGGAGCAAGAAGACGCUUUGUCGGAGCGAGAGAAGCAUGAUGGAUCACAGCAUCUCCGGGAGGCGCUAGUGGAAGUCGUGUACACCGUCGCCUCCCGCGACGCCAAGGCACUGCUGCGCGCACCACUUCUGACGAAGCUCAUGUCGUUCUACGGCGCGAGUCUGUCGAAGUCAGACAGGAUGCUGCUAUCGCUGUUCAGAAUGUUCGAAGAAGAGUGCGGUCACUCCUUCACAGGUUUGGUCCAAGGCUGGACAUUGCCUUCGUCUCAAAGUGGUGGUGCGUCUGCACCAGUCGAUGGCCGAGAGAACACACUCGAGGCGCUUCAAUCCCUCGAUGCGAACGUUGUCUUUGCGACCUGUACCGAAUAUCCUCGGUCAUUGUCGCUGCGCAACACGAUGGACAGCGGCUUCGAGGACGAUGACGACGAAGCUGCGCUAUCCGGGCAAGUGUACGGCAGGCACACGGAUGCAGCGCUGCGCUACGAUCCCGUCUUUGUCGCAUCGCUCCUCGCCGGUGUGAGUUUGCCGGACGUGAAGCUGAGCAAAUUGCAGUGGAUGUCGGUGUUCGCCACAAAUGCUCCCGGGCUCGUCGUUUGCGGGCUGUCUUCCCGAUGUGCCGACAUGCGACGGGCCAGUCUGACGCUCACCUCCAACCUCUACCUCGCUAUCAGAGAGGCAGACUUCCAAGAGAAGGAUCAUCUCAUCAUGGUGCUCGACCUGCUCCGCGACGCCCUCGAUUCGACGACCUCGAUUCAAGCCACCGACUCCGAGACGCCCUCCGACGCGCCGUACCUGCCGAUCACGACCACUCUCUUCAUCGCUCACGCCCUGCGCUCCAUCACCACCCCUAGCUCGUUCAUCUACCCCAUCAUCUCGCACUUCCUCCUCCAACGCCCGCAGCUCGACGUUGGCGACAUUCCUCUGCUGUACAACCUGCUCUACACGGCGUCGGACAAGUACAAGCAGGAGCGCAUGUGGAUGCUGCGUUUCCUGCGCGACGUCGCGCGCUCGGGUGGUCGAAGCGACUGGAAGAUCUUCAAGCGUCGACGCACGUGGGAGCUGCUUGCGUCGAUGUACGAUAGUUGCGAUGGUGGGAUGGCGGGUGCGUCGAUGAGCGCGGAGCGGGCGGUGGAGGAGACGGCGAUGCGUGCGCUGAUCGAAGAUACGACGGCGUGGCUGGUGCGGAAGGGCGAUGUGGCGAUCGAGCUGGUGACGCGCAGAGGGUUGUUGACGUGGAUGUGGCAGCAGGCGGUGCGCGAGGGCGUGGUGGCCAUGGCAGAGUCUCGGAGCGACGGCGACGACGCUGGGAAGAGGCAGGCGAAUGACGAGUCGGGCGCAACGGUUGGCACGUCAGGAACACUGAGAAGCGUUUGGAUGCUGCUGCUGGUGCAACUCGUACGCAGUGUCGAUCUGGACCGCCUGCACCGCGCGACAGACGCCGCUUGGCUUGCACCCACGCUCACGCUCACCCUGACCACCGUCAAAGCUUUGCACAACUGUCGCCUCUCCUCUCCGUCGACAACGCGUACGCUUCCGACCGUCUCAGCCGAUCUCGCACGCACCAUCUCGUGCACAGCCACCAUGGUGCUCGACAGAGUGCUGCUCUUCGCAGAAGACCCUUCGAUGGGCAUGUGGAUGUCUCCCAUCAUCGAAAUCCUGGACAAGAUUCUGGACAUCGCCGAACCUGAACUGGCUCACAGUAACGAUGACGCGUGGCAGCAAUGCUGUGUGCGCAUCCAGCGAUGUGCGCUCACCAUCGCCCCCACCGCCUCGUCAUCCCCGGACCAGCAGCGUCUGGCCAAAGUCGUGCGCCGCUCCACCGCCCUCUGUCGUCGCUUCGACAGCGAGACCGCUACACUGGUCGUCUCAAACCUCUUCACCUCCUAG